AUGCUCUCUACUGGAAUCUAUUCAUAUGUUGAUGUUAGAGAUGUUGCAUAUGCACAUGUUCAAGCAUUGGAGAUUGCUUCAGCUAAUGGCAGAUACUGUUUAGUUGAGACAGUGACAUACUCUUCUGAAACUCGGAAGAUAUUGCACAAGCUUUACCCUACUCUCAACAUUCCAAAAAAGUGUAAAAAUGAAAAGUUGCUUGUCCCACCAUUCCAAGUAUCGAAGGAGAAGGCAAAAAGUUUGGGCAUCGAUUUCCUUCCUCUUGAAGUGAGCCUUAGGGACACCGUAGAAAGUUUAAAGGAGAAGAAAUUUCUAAAUUUUGAAUAA